AUGACCGCCGCCUGGCUGCUGCCCAUCGUCGCGCCCGUCGUCGCGGCCGCGUCCGGCGGCGUCGUCGCCAACGCCCUGACCAACGACCAGCACGCCCUCAUCACCGUCGUCGUCUGCUAUAUCAUGUGGGGCUCGGCCGUGCCCUUCGCCAUGGUCAUCAUCGUCAUCUACUUCCAGCGCCUCGCCCUGCACAAGAUCGUGCCGUCCGCCGUCAUCGUCAGCACGCUGCUGCCCGUCGGCCCGCUCGGCCAGGGUGGUUUCGGGAUCAUGCAGCUAGGCAUCGUCGCUCGCCGGGUGUUCCCUGCUACCGGCGUCCUGUCGCAGCUGUCGGGCGAGAUCUUCUACUCGGUCGGCGUGUUUGUGGCCCUGAUCAUGUGGGGAUUCGGGCUCGUCUGGCUGUGGUUUGCGGCGGCAUCCUUCGCGCGCGGGCCGUUCCCGUUCAACCUGGGCUGGUGGGCGUUUACUUUCCCGAUCGGCGUGUUCACGACGGCGUGUCUGCUGUUCGGGCAGGAGUUCGACUCGGUGGUGUUCAAGAUCAUCGGCACGAUCCUGUCGGUCUGUGUGACGCUGCUGUGGCUGAUGGUGUUCUGUUUCACCAUCUGGAAGUCCAUCACCAAGGAGCUAUUCAAGCUAUAG